AAAACAUUAAAAUUCACAUUUAUAUAUCUACAUUUUGUUUUUUUUAAACACUUUAAUAUUUCAGUGUGGGUUGAGUUGUCUAUCCAUUGCUUUGGGAUUGAUCAGACUGUUUUUUUUUCUUGAUGAAAUUGCCACGAAAAGAAAACUUCAGUGGAUGAUAACGUAUCGAGCACUUAAUUGUUGACUUUAUGAUUGACACCUGACAUUCUGGACCAAAAUAUCUAAACAAGGAUGAAGCUACGUCUUAUGUUUCAGCCCCAACAAACACGGUGUAUGUCCUGAUAUCCACCAUGAAAUGUGAAAGAGUAGAGAACAAGAAUUUCCUCAUUUCCACAAAUACUUCUUCACAUUCUGGGCAACUAUUUUCCUUUUAAAGUAGACCGUAACCAAUAUUAUUGCCCUUGCAAUCUUAAGCUAUGGUACUUUUUUUAGAAAAACAAUCAUCUUCAUCCAUCCGGGUCUUGUUCUUCUUCUUCACCCUGCUGCUGGUUUCUUCUUUCCAUGUCUUUGGUUCAGUUUCUGUUUCAACUUUUUCUGUUCCUGGCACUUUUAGAGACGAAGCAUCAACAAGACAGAAGGAAGCAAAUGCUCUUCUAAAAUGGAAGGCUAGUCUUGAUAAUCAAAGCCAAUCUUUCCUGUCUUCUUGGGUUGGAAACGGCCUCUGCCAUUGGAUCGGGAUCAUUUGUGACAAGUCUAGAAGGGUCAGCCAUUUAAACCUUUCAAGUUCCAGUUUGAAAGGUACACUGCAUGAUUUUAGCUUCUCUUCUUUCCCCAAACUUAAUAUUCUUGAUCUAGGGAACAAUUCUCUGAAUGGAACCAUUCCAUCAGAUAUUGGUAACCUAUCUAGACUAACCUACCUCGACUUGUCUUCCAAUUGUCUUUCUGGAAAUAUUCCGUUUGAAAUAGGAGAGUUGAGGUCUCUUUCAGAGCUUUAUCUGGAAAAAAACAUUCUGACAGGUUCAAUCCCUCCUUCCAUAGGAAACCUGACAGACCUGUUCUUUCUCUACUUGCACAAAAACAAGCUCUCCGGUGCUAUACCUCAACAAGUUGGAAUGUUGAAGUCCCUGUAUAGACUUACUCUCUCUGACAAUAAUCUGGUCGGUUCUCUCCCUCCCUCCAUUGGAAACUUAAGCGGCUUAUCUGAUCCUCGCCUUCAUAACAAUAAAAUUUCGGGGCCCGUACCAAAAGAAAUUGGAAUGCUGAGUUCCCUUGAUCAGCUCAGUUUGUCCAAUAACAGUCUUACCGGUGAAAUUCCCGCUUCUAUAGGAAACUUGACCAAAGUAUCUUUACUUUACCUUUCUGCUUUUGAAUGUUUCAUAUUAAAGCAUAGAAAGAAAAGAAGACAAAGAAAUCAAAGGCAAAGGCCUACUUGUUUGCUACAGUCUCAUUCAUCAUCUUCACUCAAUGAAUAUGAAGGAGAUGAAAGAAUUAAAGGGAUGCAAGUCCUUAACUUGAUUAAAGAAUUUGAACUUCAAAGAAUGAAGGACUCCGAGACGAUUAAAGAUUACUCCGAUAGGCUUCUGAGUAUCGCAAACAAAGUAAAGCUUCUUGGAUCUGAAUUUACUGACUCAAGAAUCGUAGAAAAAAUUUUUGUUACAGUACCUGAAAGAUAUGAAGCAACCAUCACUGCCUUGGAGAAUACAAAUGAUCUGUCAAAAAUUUUCUUAGCAGAAUUGCUUAAUGCUUUGCAAGCACAAGAACAAAGAAGACUAAUGAGGGAAGAUACAACAAUUGAAGGAGCUUUGGUUGUCAAGCAUCAAAAUGUGACCAAAAGCAAAAGAAAAAAGAAAAAUGAUUUUGAAGGAAAUGGUGCAAGUACUGCAUCAGCCAAUGCAAAAGGAAAGAAUGAAAAUAAGAAAAAAUCCUAUUCACCUUGCCAACAUUAUGGAAAAAAGGAUCAUCCUCCAUUUAGAUGCUGGAAAGACCUGAUGCUAAAUGCACUAAAUGUAAUCAGAUGGGAUGCAAAGAUUGCUGAUCAAGAGGAGGAGGAUCACCUGUUCGUAGCUACAUGUUUCUCUGGCAUUGAAUCAAGUGAGAGUUGGCUUAUAGAUAAUGGUUGUACAAAGUUCAUUUUUGAUGUAUUAUAUGUCCUUGAAAUUGAUCAAAACUUGUUAAGUGUUGGACAACUAAUUGAAAAGGGUUAUAAAAUUGUGUUCGAAGAUAAAAAUUGCUUGAUUAAAGAUGCAGUUGGUCAAGAUAUUUUCAAAGUAAAAAUGAAAGGGAAAAACUUUGCUCUAAAUAUAUUGGAGGAGGAGCAAACUGCUUUCCCAAUAAAAAAAAAUAUCACUGAAGUAUGGUACAAGAGGCUCGGGCACUAUCAUCAUCAGGGGCUGCUGCAGAUGAAAUCCAAGAAAAUAGUAAAUGAUUUUUUAGAAAUUGAUGAUCAUAUUCCAAACUGCAAAGCAUGCCCACAAAGAAUAUUUUUUUUGAAAGCCAGAGUUGAGAACGAGAGUGGCUGUAGAAUUCAAACUCUCAGAUCAGACAAUGACAAAGAGUACAUCUCUGAAGCAUUCACUCGUUUUUGUGAAGAGGCAGGCAUCCAACAUCAAUUAACCGCUCCAUACACUUCACAACAAAAUGGAGUAAGUGAAAGACGGAAUAGAUUCAUAUUGAAGACCAAGAAAGAUAAAUUAGAUAAAAGAGCACUUCCAGGCAUCUUUAUUAGCUACAGCUCAGUUGCAAAAGCUUAUAAAGUUUUUCAACCACAAAUUGAAAAAAUUAUUAUAAGCAGGGAUGUGCACUUUAUGAAAGAUGAAGAGUGGAACUGGGAUGAUGCAAAAAAGAUGGAUCCAACCUUAAAAGAGCACAAGCUCAAAACCAAGCUUAAUGCUGAUGGCUCAAUCAACAAGUAUAAAGCUAGACUCGUGGUCAAAGGAUAUGCUCAAAUACUCGGUGUGGACUACUCAGAUACCUUCACACCAAUCGUUAGACUCGACACCAUCAGACUCUUACUUGUCGUUGCAGCACAAAAGAAUUGGAAAGUGCACCAAUUAGAUGUCAAGUCAGCAUUCUUGAAUGGUUUUAUACAUGAGGAGAUUUAUGUAGAACAACUAGAAGGCUAUGUCAAGGAAGGAGAAGAAGACAAUGUUUAUCUUCUUAAAAAGCACAAUGGAGUUGACAUUAUUAUCAUCUCACUAUAUGUGGAUGACUUACUUGUGACAGGAAACAACAUAAGUAUUAUGGAAAAGUUUAAGCAAGAGAUGAUGGAGUUUUUUGAAAUGACAGAUCUUGGAUUGAUGACCUUUUUUCUUGGAAUGGAAAUCAAACAGAAUGAACAUGAAGUCUUCAUCUGUCAGAAGAAAUAUGCCAAAGAGAUUCUGAAGAAGUUUAAACUCGAAGAAUGUAAAGAAAUGAGGACACCAAUGAAUUCAAAGAAAAAGCUCUGUAAAGAAGAUGGAAUAGAGAAGAUUGAUCAGGCAUAUUUCAGAAGCCUGAUUGGUUGCUUAAUGUUUCUCACAGUAACUCGGCCUGACAUUUUGAAUGCUGUAAGCAUUUUGUCUCGGUUUAUGCAUUGUGCAAGUGAAUGGCAUCUCAAGGCUGCAAAGAGGGUGCUUAGAUAUGUCAAAGGCACAAGUGAUUUUGGCAUUAAAUACACAAAGAGCAAAGAGUUCAAGCUGGUUGGUUUCUCAGACAGUGAUUGGAGAGGUUUCAUUGAUGAUAUGAAGAGUACUUCAGGCUAUUGUUUCACACUUGGUUCUGUUGUUUUCUCACGAAGCUUGAAAAAACAAGAAAUUGUAGCUCAAUCCACAGCUGAAGCAGAGUUUAUUGUUGCAACAACUGCUGUUAAUCAAGCUUUGUGGCUAAGGAAGAUUUUAAUCGAUCUUAACUUAGAGCAGGAGGAAAGCACGAAGAUUCUUGUUGACAACCAAGCUGUCAUCGCUAUCUCUCAAAAUCUUGUGUUUCACGGGAAAACUAAACAUUUUAAUAUUAAAUUAUUCUUCUUAAGGGAAGUACAGAAAGAUGGAGCCGUUGUUCUUGUCUACUAUAAAAUAGAAGAUCAUGUUGCAGAUGUUUUCACCAAGCCACUGCCAAUUAGCAAGUUUAAAUUUCUGAGGACAAAACUUGAAAUGGAACAUGGAACAGUGAGUAAAGUUUUCUUUGCUUCAAAAAUAACAACACUGCUAACAAAUUUUGUGGUUCAAUUCCUCACGAAAUUGGAAGACUUAGAUCUUUCAUUGACCUUGAAUUGGCAAUGGCAAAUCUCACGGGUUACCUUCACCUUAACGAACUUUCAGGGUUUAUUCCUUUCUAAUAUUGGAAACUUAACCAAUCUCAUUGAAUUAUUACUACAAUGCAAUAAGUUACAUGGCUCAAUUCCUUGGGAAUUAGGUAAGCUCCGAUCCCUUGUUGACUUAAGGCUGUUCAACAACAGCCUCAGUGGCUUCAUUCCGGCAGAGAUGAAUAAUCUUACAAGUCUGAAAGUUUUUCUACUCUCUGAAAACUACUUGAUUGGCCAUUUACCACAACAGGUGUGCCUUGGUAGAGUACUUGAAAAUUUUACUGCACAUAACAACUAUUUCACAGGUCCAAUCCCCAAGAGCUUGAAGAAUUGUACCAGCUUACACAGAGUUCGGCUUGAACACAAUCAACUUACCGGGUAUGUAUCUGAAGAUUUAGGCAUAUACCCGAAUUUGGACUAUCUAGAUUUGAGUGAUAAUAAAUUUAAUGGUGAGCUGUCAUCAAAAUGGGGUCAGUGCCACAAUCUAACAAGCCUAAGGCUCUCAAACAAUAAUAUCUCCGGUGAGAUGCCCGCUGAACUUGGAAAGGCAACUCAGCUACAAGUAUGUGACCUUUCUUCAAAUAAUCUAAUUGGGGGCAUUCCAAAGGAACUGGGAGACUUAACAUUGUUGUUCAACCUUAUGCUGAAUGAUAAUCAUCUUUCAGGCAGAAUUCCUCAGGAAAUUGGAAUGCUAUCUGGUAUUCAGCGUCUUAACUUGGCAGCAAACAACUUAAAUGGCUCCAUCCCAAGAGGAUUGACGAAGUGUGAGAAACUCUUGGAACUGAAUUUGAGCAUCAAUAGAUUGAGUGGAGGAAUUCCGUCUGAGUUUGGCAGCUUUUCUUUCCUUGAAAUUCUUGAUCUCAGUCAGAAUUUGCAUAGGAGAAUACCAAAGCAAAUUGGCAACUUGAAAACUUUACAAAGGCUUAAUCUCUCUCACAAUAAGCUCUUGGGUCAUAUUCCAUCAACUUUUGAUGAUUUGUUAAGCUUAACUUCUGUUGAUAUAUCCCACAAUCAGUUGGAGGGUCCUAUUCCAGACAAUAAGGCCUUUCAGGAGGCUUCAUUUGAGGCUUUCAGAAACAAUAAAGGUUUGUGCGGAAAUAUCACUGGUUUGGAAUCAUGCUCUUCAAAUGUAAGCCACAAACUUGACCAGAAAAAGACAAACAGAAUUGUAAUUGCUACUGUAGUCCCUAUUUUAUGCACACUACUUCUUGUAUGUGUUGUCUUUGGGAUUCUUUCUUCUUUCAAACCAAGAGUGAGGAAUACUGAGAACACGCCAGGGACAGUAGUAAGUGAUAAUCUGUUUACAAUCUGCAACUAUGAUGGGAAAAGGAUGUACAAAAACAUAGUUGAAGCAACUGAAGAAUUUGACUCCAAAUACUGCAUUGGAGUUGGAGGAUAUGGAAGCGUUUACAAAGCACAAUUGCCAAAUGGUCAAGUAGUUGCUGUGAAAAAACUUCACCCACUUUCGGAAGGUGGGGUGGCAGAUCAAAGAGCUUUUAACAGUGAGAUUCAGGCCUUGACUGAAAUACGCCAUCGCAAUAUUUUGAAGCUUUAUGGUUUCUGUUCCCAUCCUCGACACUCAAUUUUGGUUUACGAGUUCUUGGAAGGGGGCAGCCUGGAGAAGAUCUUAAGGACUGAACAAGAAGCAAUGGAAUUUGAUUGGAUUAAGAGGAUAAAUGUUGUUAAAGACAUGGCUAAUGCUGUGUCCUAUAUGCAUCAUGACUGCUCCCCUCCUAUAGUCCAUCGUGACAUUUCAAGUAAGAAUAUUCUGCUAGAUUCAGAAUACGAGGCCCAUGUAGCGGACUUUGGCGCUGCCAGGUUUCUAAAGCCUGACUCAUCCAAUUGGACCCCCUUUGAAGGCACUUUUGGUUACACGGCUCCAGAGCUUGCUUAUACCAUGCAAGUGAAUGAAAAAUGCGAUGUCUUCAGCUUCGGGGUCGUGGCAUUGGAAACACUCAUGGGAAGGCAUCCUGGGGAUCUCAUAUCUUCUUUGUCAUCAUCAUUUUCUUCGGUCUCUCCUUGAUGUUCAUCAUCAGCAACCGUCAAUCAUUUACUACUGAAAGAUCUGUUAGACCAGCGUCUUCCACUUCCUAGGAAACAAACAGCAGCAAAAGUGGUCUCAAAUGUAAAACUAGCCUCUCUAUGCUUACAUGCCAGUCCACAAUCUCGACCAAGUAUGAACAAAGUUUCUGAGGACCUGUCAACUCAGAAUCCACCCUCAUUGAAGGAGUUUCAAGCAAUUACGUUAAGCCAACUGCUUGAUUCCAGCAGUUAUGCAUCCUGAACAUGAAAUUGCUCCCCUUUUUUCCUGUUAUUUUUCUGUUUUGGUUCUGCGUUUCCUUCAUUUCCCAUAUUUCUAUCACUAGAUGUUCCAUGCUUAUUUACUUUUAUAGUUGCAUGUUUAAUUUACUAAAAGUUUUUUAGUGGUUAAUUCAAUAAUCGACCUAGCCAAACCCCUGUUAUUUAUUUCCUUGCAUAUAAGCAAAGGGAUCCGUGACGCAAAGGUAGCGCAUCUGACUCCACAUCGUGUUGAUUAACGUCCGAUUCAAAUCCCAAUGCCUUGAUAUCUUGUCUUGAUCCAUAAAAAAGAGAAGUAUUAUUUCAUGCUCUCUUUUUGGUCCAGCUGAGAAUGCUUUCCAAGCUUAAAGGACAAGUCUCGAUGGGUUGAAUGCAAGGAAAUCUUGUCAACUAGUGCUAAUGGUUGUCUAAAUCCUUGAAUGCAUCGGCCAAAAAAAGGUCAUAGGCUUCCACGAUUGAAUCAAUUCAUGCUGCCUAUAGACAGCUCAGAUAUGAAU